UACCUGUAACAGAAGUCUUAGUUUUUCGCCUUCUUGACGACCACCUCGUGAUGUUAUCUGAUUACGCUCCGUUAAAAGUGGGGAACGACUCCCUGACUUUCAGUUGGAUUAGAUUUUCAAUAGCGGUAGCAACGCUCAUCAAUUAGUGAACAUGUUGUGCCGAUUGUUUUUUAUGUUUAUUUUUAGUGUGUUUUACGCAACAGUGUCCGGAGAAAUCGUGAUCGAGAACUUCCAAGGGGGCGACAACACGUCGUCGUGGUUCGAGUCGUCGGACACCAUAGUGGAGGACGGAAAGUCCAAGGCGAGCUUCACCAUAUUGGAGAGCGGCUCGCACCGACGGGCCGUCCUGUUCACCCUGCUGGACCCGCAAGAGGGUGGCGCCUGUUUCGCCGGCGUCAAAAAGUCCGUUCAACUCAACUUAACCGGCUACCAGAACAUCUCGCUGAACGUCAAGUCACAGGGCCAAUACAAGGGCUACGAGUUCUGUCUGAGGGACCGCGGCCUGACCGGCGUCAAGGCGCCCGCCUACUGCCAAUUCUUCCAGGCGCCGCAGCAAUUCGAGACCAUCGACUUCCCCAUCGACGACUUCAAGCCGUACUUUGAGGGCGCCGUGCUGACCAAUUACACCCAGCUCGACCGUUCCAACGUCACGCAGUUGGCCCUGUUGGCGUACGGUGGGGUGAGGUUGCCGAAGGAAUUUCAGCAAGUCGGCGUCGCCGCUUUGGAAAUAAAUUGGAUUGUUGUUUUUUAAACGUGCGUGCGGGCGCUUAAUAUGUGUUGGAUGCGUCAGUUCUCCUUUUGAGACUUAUUAUUGUUCAAGUUACCUUUUGUUAAUUGCUUAAUUGAUAUUUUCGAGCGAUUAAUUGUUGAAUUAACACUGCAUUAAUAUGCGGUACUCGUUGCUACUUAAUUAAUGCGUUUAUUUAUUUAUGAAACACACUUUUGGAUGUGUAGGUAAAUAAAACACUGUAAUCAUAAAAAGUUUUAAAUAUACCUUUUUGUUAUGUACA